AUGAAACAAGAAGGCAGGACGAAGGCCCAGGAUGUAGACACAAAAGGUGUGCCCGGCGAGGGCUAUGAGGCAGUGUCGUCCCCCCAGAACAUAAGCGCAGCAAAAGACGACACAGACGAGAGAAAAAUAAUUGCGCAGACGAUGCUUUCCAUAAGAAAGAUAGAAACAGAGAUUGACCGAAAGGAGAAGAACCGAAUAGCUGCCAAAAAGAGCCGGGAAAAGAAAAAUCAGUAUGUGGAGGAAAUAGAGCACAAGCUGCGCGCGGAGAAGGCCAGAAACGACAGGCUGCUGCAGCACAUAGACACGCUCUAUUCGCUGCUGGAAAAGGUUUUGCUGGAAGCUGAUCGCUCUUUGCUAGACAGAGAGCUGGGUGCGCAGGAGAUAGCAAGCAUCUUCAUAGGGUACGAAGAAUAUAUUCCAUUCCCGGCCAGGCACAAGGAAAUAAUCGAGAGCAUGAAACUCGUUUUAUUUACAAACUUAAACUCUGGCAUAUAG